AUGUUCUCCAUCCAUGGUCUAAAAGAAGAUCAUUAUAUACCUUUGGUUUUCUUCUUAUUGCCAAAUAAACAAAAAUAUACAUAUACACUGGCACUUAAAUACCUAACAGAACAAGUUGAGAAAUGCAAUAAAAAACUCGCUUUAAGAACGGUAUUUGCAGAUUUUGAAGAAGCAAUUCAGCAAAGUGUCACUGAAGUUUGGACUAAUGUUUCAUUGAAGGGCUGCCGAUUCCAUUUAGGACAAUCCUGGUGGCGCAAAAUUCAGGCACUAGGUUUAACAUCCUUAUACAAAGACAAAGAGAGUGAUGUAGGAAAAUAUUUAACAUACUGCUUUGGAAUGCCAUUUCUCAACCCAGAAGAUGUAGGCGAUUGUUUUGUUGAAGCUUUGUCAUCAAUACAGCCCCAAAAUCAUAGAAUAGUAGAAUUUGCGGACUAUCUGGUCGAUAAUUAUGUCUCAGAAUCGGCUAAGUUUCCGCCAGAAAUAUGGGCGGAGAUGUCAAGCAGUUCACAACGGACAACGAACGCAUAUGCAGUAUUUUACAAUCUCAAAAAUAAGACUAAUCACCUUGUUGAUAAUCAAUGA